UGGAACUGUUCUUCACUACGCCUUCUGCCACAUAGUGGCGUCGAAUCUCCUGAAACCUCCUCAACUCGAGCGGGCAACCGAAUUUCAGCGGAGUGUGAGUGAAAGUGGAAAAAGUGAAAAUCAAGGUUGGAACAGUGUGACAUAGGGGAAAUAGUUGGUGUGGGUGGGAGGCAAGUUUUGAAGCCUCUCUCAACCGGAAAUAUCCUUCGGUGCUGUCCAUCCACCUAGGCAUGGUCGAUGGCUGCGUGGAAUAACGACAACUUCAUCGGAGUAGCAGCAGCUGAGUGAAUAAUUGACAAAGUUCAUUACUGGAGCCACAAAGUUGCAGGUUCGAUAAAGAAGAUUCUAAUCGGUCGCGUGCAGUAUGGCACGUGCGUGAGCCACCGCAGUAGGGCUGCAGAUUUCACACCAUCAUCAAUAGCAAAAUCGGAUAGAUGUUCCGUGAAGAUAUCCGCUCACACGCCAAGAGCCUGGUGAUAAAAUAAACCGUAGUACUCGCUCCGAAACACCUAGCGUGAGUGCGUGAGAGAGCGCCAUUAUCAUCAUCGGUCCGAUCUGCUCCACCAAGAGAGCGUACUCCGGGCAGGACUCCACCGAGCAAUCACUCGCUCCCGUUCACGUUCACGGCUGUCUACUGUGGACUGUGAGUGAGGAUGUCCAGCAGCAGAACCGUGCUCCAUCACCGAAAUCAGUGCUUGUCGUGAUCGCAGAGUGUAAAGUCGUCUUCAAUUGUAGGAGCUCCGUUUGGAAUACUUGGUAGCCACUUGGUAACUGAAGCCGUGAAGCAGUAGGGGGGCCGUAGAAUAAUGUUUAAUGACAAUGUGUGUGCAAGGUGUUAAGCGUGUAAUUUACGGUCAUACUUGAAAUAUUUGUCUAAUUGAAGAUUGAAGGCGGCGCGCGACUCGGGUGUGUUGCUUCUUAAUAAGCAGUGUGGGUGCGGGUGUCAGUUUCAGUGGUCCUCCCCCCCCCCCUCUUCAGCAUGCAGUGUAGUGUCUAGGAAUCUCGAGAAACGAAGAUAAAAAAGGUUUUCGGGAAAAUUAUCGCACGCAGUGUCGGUUCGGUGCAAAAUAUGAAAUUGCCUCCGUUCGGUGCGAAAUUUGCGAGAUAAUAGUCCAACAAAACGGCGGCUGCAAAACACGUUGCAGCUUCGGAGAAGAAGUGCAAAACGGUGAAAAUUCACAGCUGUGAAUUAAAGUUACGAUCGUAUAUCAAAGCGGAAAAUUCGAUACCGUUGUUGGGUGGGCAAAAUGCGCGUGUUUUAGUGCUGAGAUCUGAAGCGGGAAAUUCAAGAAAAUUGUCGGCGUAAAAGCUGCUGUAGAAUCACCGCCGUGUUUGAAUUAUGUUUUUUAGAGAAUAAUGAGGAGAAACUCGAAUAACGUUUGCGAAAAUUUUUCCCCAUUUCUCCUCCCCCAGAAUCUGCCCCGCCAAAAUCGUGCUACUGCCGACUGCUGAGACUGGGUCAACCUCAAGCACAAGAUGGAAGGAAAGUUUUCCGCUCGUUUUACGUCAUCACUACUGAGACUAGAACUACCAGCAGCAGCGAGCGGUGGCAUUGAGGAGGCAAUCAACAAAAACAACUACACCAACUACAGCAGCUGUGCCGGCAUCUUCAUCCGCAUCUGCCAAGCCAGCCAAGAAGCAGUAAAAACAAAAGCCCUCGAGUUUUGAACAGCAUCAUCCACAACGGCGCGCGAUCAAGAAGUGACGUGAAAAUUCAUUCUGGGAGAAAAACGAACUCUCAAGUGUGCAGCUCAACCUGCUGCCUUCCACCACCCGACCGCGUUUCCCGGCGCUAUAUGGAGUGAAUGUUAUGAGAAUUUUUCCAUCGAAAAUAAAACCAUAACCAGCAUCGACGCCGAGUGCAGAACGUAUAGGCGAGUGUAGUUCCUGGUGGCAGUUCAUCGGAGAAUAUUUCGUGAGUGUUGUAAAAUAUAGCGCGCUGCUGCGGGUCCAGGAAGAAGCGAAAGGUGAGACCGCGGCCAGGUGGGUGAGCGAGCACAGUUUAUUUUUCCAACGUCUCCGACACGCGACAUAAAACGGUGGUGGGCACAUCUACCAUCUGUCCGUGUGUGUGUGUGUUUUUAGUGUUUUGCUUCGUGAAACUGCGAGAUCUAAGCGAAGAAGAAUAACAGGAGACGGUGGGAGAAGCAUCCGAGAGUGUUUUGUGAAAUAUUAGAGGAACAUCAUCGAGCAGGGAAAACAUCAACAGCAGAUCAAACAGCAAUGAUGGCAUCGACGGUUUACAAGUGGGAGAAACUCUCGCCAAGUGAAUUCCAACAGCUGCAGGACCUCGCCUCAUAUUCAACGAAAAAGCUGCAGAACGUACUGCAAGAGUUCUGCUCGCCCACGACUCCGUCGGCGACACGGUUCCAUCCCGAUGGGGAUGUCGAUUACGAGGGUUUUCGCAAAUUUUUGGACGCAUUCCUAGACUGCGAAACGCCGGAGGAGCUUACGAGGCAUCUGUUCAUAUCAUUCCUGAAGCCGGCCCUGUAUCAGCACAGCCAUGGCAAGGCGCUCAGUCAGAUGGCGGCGAUCAGCAGUAAUGCCGCCUGUGCCCCGGUGACGUCACACAACCGAGGGUCUAUUCCCAACCUGAACAACAUUAUUGACCUUCCGACGCCGCAGCCUUCGCAAGAAUCCCAACGCAACAGUUUCGUCGACCGGAUACACGGCAUCACGGAUAAACUUCAAUCGCUGGGCCAUUUGGGACACGACACCGGUGACAGGCAGGGCAAAAGCGGAACAGUGCACCCGAUGCUGACGGUGACGCCGAGUCCGAUGGGUGGUAGCAGCUCGAUCCUGCCGGCACCCUUCCGUCGGUCUGCCGAUUCGAGCCCGUCGCAUAGCCACAGCCAUAGUCAUUCGCAGAUUUCGCGGAACUCAUCUCGCAAGAGCAACAAUUCCGUUAACUGUCGGAUAGAUGACAUUCGAUUGGUUCCCCGAAAGCAAUCCUAUUUGGAUCCGAUGCUAUUCAAGGUGCCCCUGAAGGACGUCGUGUGCUAUCUAUCGCUGCUGGAGGCUGGCCGGCCGGAGGACAAGCUGGAGUUCAUGUUCCGGUUAUACGACACCGACGGCAACGGCGUCCUGGACACCGCCGAAACGGACGCCAUCGUAAAUCAAAUGAUGUCAGUGGCAGAGUAUCUCGGCUGGGAUGUGUCCGAACUGAGGCCGAUCCUGCAAGACAUGAUGACAGAAAUUGAUUACGACGGGGAUGGAUCCGUUUCGCUGGAGGAAUGGCAACGGGGAGGACUGACCACCAUACCGCUUCUGGUGUUGCUAGGUGUCGAUAAUACCCUCAAAGAGGACGGCUACCACGUGUGGCGACUGAAGCACUUCAGCAAACCGGCCUACUGCAACAUGUGCCUCAACAUGCUGGUCGGCUUGGGCAAGAAAGGACUCUGCUGUGUCUUGUGCAAAUACACGGUCCACGAACGGUGCGUCCAGCGUGCACCAGCGUCCUGUAUAGCCACCUACGUCAAGUCGAAGAAAUCGAAAACCACUUCAACCUUUCAGCAUCACUGGGUCGAGGGCAACUGCUACGGUCGCUGUUCCAAGUGUCGGAAACGAAUCAAAGCGUACAACGGCAUCACCGGAUUAACCUGCCGAUGGUGUCGGAUGAUGCUCCACAACAAAUGUGCCUCUCUGGUGAAAGCGGAAUGUUCGUUGGGUGAAUUCGCCGACAUGGUGCUACCUCCGACGGCCAUUUGCCCCGCAGUUCUGGACCGGCAAAAGUCCAUCAACUACGCCACCAGUCGAGGGAAGAACGUGUCCUCGACAAUUCACUUCCAAAUCACCGCCACGUCAAACAUCUGCCCGCUGUUGGUGUUCAUCAAUCCGAAAAGUGGAGGCCGCCAGGGCGACCGAAUCCUUCGAAAGUUCCAAUACCUGCUGAACCCCCGGCAAGUGUACGACCUGUCCAAGGGAGGCCCCCAGGAAGGACUGACCAUGUUCAAGGACGUUCCGAACUUUACGGUGAUAUGCUGCGGCGGUGACGGCACCGUCGGAUGGGUACUGGAAGCGAUGGAUUCCAUAGAAAUGCAGUGCCAACCGUCGAUCGGAGUCAUUCCACUGGGGACCGGGAAUGACCUGGCCAGAUGCCUUCGGUGGGGUGGUGGCUACGAGGGGGAAAGUAUUCCGAAAAUUUUGGAUAAGAUACAAAGGUCCUCGGUGGUGAUGCUGGAUCGGUGGAGUAUAGAUGUCAAAAAUAAUCCGUCGGCCUGUGAGGACACACCGCUGAUUCCGACACAUAAGGUGACACUGUCGGAAAAUGUACAAAAAGUGAUAGAACUCUCGCAUAGGAUAAUAGUAGAAAAAUCUGUGAUUCAAACGUAUGACGAAAUUCAAAACAGUACAAAAACUACCGAGAUAUCGAUAGAGAACACGAAACGUGUCGUUCUGAGUGACAAUAAUGGCACGUUGGCAAUGAUGCACCAACAACAGCACCAACAGUCGACCACCAUGAUGUCGAAGGAAAUUACUCAGCAAACAACCGCCACCAGCAACGGAGACAUUAGCAAAGCGUUGCCACACUCGGAAACAGUCGUUAAUGGCACCAGCCAGUGCCAGUGCCAGUGCCAAACGGAAGUCAUCAAUGGUGAUAACCCAACAACCCCCACGAUGGUGGUGACUGCAAAAACCACCGAAAGCAAAGACGAUGAUGCGACACGUGCUGCUCCCGACCGUCCAGAAGAGACGACGGAGACGCCGGAACAGCCAGAGGAAACGAAACAAACUGUCGAGCAGUCGGCACCGACGAUGACGGCCUCAGCCAGGGAGAAAAUUAUUGACCUGCCCAAGCUGUUAAAGCCACAGGCCGCGUCGGAAUUCAUCGUACCCUAUAACAUUAUCAACAACUACUUUUCCGUGGGUGUGGACGCUGCCAUCUGCGUGAAAUUCCAUCUGGAGCGUGAGAAAAACCCCCACAAAUUCAACAGCCGAAUGAAGAACAAGCUGUGGUAUUUCGAGUACGCCACAUCGGAAACAUUUGCCGCAUCGUGCAAAAAUCUGCACGAAAGCCUUGAAAUCGUGUGCGACGGUGUCUCGCUGGAACUGGCGAACGGUCCCCAGCUGCAGGGCAUUGCCCUGCUGAAUAUCCCCUACACCCACGGCGGAUCGAACCUGUGGGGCGAGAACCUGUCGCAGAAGCGGAUGCGCAAGGGUCCCUUCCGGAAGAAGCUGAAAAACUCGGACAAAGAGCUGUCGGCCAAUAGUUUCAACUCGGUCGAUCUGUCGAUUGCCAUACAAGAUAUUGGUGAUCGACGGAUAGAAGUUAUUGGAUUGGAAAAUUGCCUGCACAUGGGUCAAGUAAGGACCGGGUUGAGAGCUUCUGGUCGAAGAUUGGCCCAGUGCAGCGAAGUGGUACUGACGACGAAGAAAACCUUUCCGAUGCAAAUCGAUGGCGAACCAUGGAUGCAGGGACCGUGCACGAUUCGACUGACCCACAAAAAUCAGGUCCCCAUGCUGAUGGGCCCUCGGUCGGAGAAGAGUGGAGGCUUUUUCAACUUCCUAAAAAGAUGACUAUCGAAGAAGCCCGACUCGGAUAUCCCCUCCAAUGAGGCCUAGCCAUGCACAAGCCUCUCGGACAACACGUAACGACGUUGAAACAGAGGGGAAAAGUAUUACGAUACGAGGGCUUUGAUCCCAAGGAUGAGAAAAAAAUACAAACAAUAGCUUUAACUCGGAACCAACAAACCAAAAAACCAGAAAUCACAAAAAGGUAGCGACAUACUUUUUUAAUACCAGGAAAGCCUGAACCGCGAAGAAUGAACCAAAUAGUUCCUUCAGGACUUUAUCCAAUUUAACUUGUAUAUUUAGAUUCUAUUUCAACUUUCCUAUGUAUGUUUAUACACACGUAGACACAAACACACCUCUGUAUGAUAUUGGAUUAGAAAAUGACUUAAUUAAGAAAAACGGUUUCGUAUCGAAAUUCGUCUCUCAGAAUGAUGAGAAUAGUGGUAAUCGAGAAGGACCUGCUUUUACUGACUAAGAACUAACACUAUUCUUAUAUGCACGAACUUUGUGCACAGAAAAAAUACAACACAUACACAUUUCACAAACGCAUGGAUUUGCACAUCAAGUGACCAAUAAGCCCGGUAAUUCGCACACGGCUCAUAUAACCGAGUCAUUUGUUGAUUGAGUACACCAGUAGUAGUGAAAGAGACAAUUAUCAUUUCGCUCUUGAAUGCGUUUCCGUUUUAAAAACCUUCUAACGAUGGCAGAAGAGGACUUUACCGUCAUUAUCCCAAAAGCUAAGCAUGGCCAGCGGUCACAGUUUAUCUAGUUAAUCCUCCGUUACUCGCGCCAACUUUUGUAACACGAGUACUCGCGCGUUGUACUUUGUACAACAGUGUGAGUUUUCCAUUGCCAUUUUGCAGCCGAGCUACCAAUCGAUAUGAAACCAACGAGUAUUCCUUGAAAAACUUAUUUUUAACUAAACAAGCUAAACUUUUAUCACAGUUGAUCCCCCAAAAAUGCGGAUAAUAGAGAAAAUGUGAAUAGAAACCGCGUAAAAAGUGUCCGUACUACGUGGGAUUUGACUUAAUUGGUUACAACAUGGACAAUCUCGAGAUCCUGACCAGAUAGAAAGUUACGGUCUUGGGCAAAGUUGUUCUAGAGAUCAUAACCUUUUUUCUGGUGGACAGUAGUUCAGAAAAUUCUCACUUCGUGGCACUAGUAUAUACGUGCAAUAUUCGCAUAUACAAUAGCUCGAGAUCCUGAGUAGAUAGAAAGUUAC